GAAGCGACAGCCCCUUUUUUUUAUGUUGCGGAAGAGAGAGAGAGAAACUUUCAGGAUGUUUCUGCGGCUGAAGUUUUAUUAAGUAAAUAAAAGUAAUUAUCAGCUGACGGGGAGGGAAAACAGAGUGAGAGGAUUUAUUGUUUCACCUGAAGGGACAGACUGAAGUUUGAUGUCCUGAUGGCCGGUGGAAACUUACAGAAAGCUAUCGAUCUUGCCUCCAAAGCUGCAGCGGAGGACAAAGCCAAAAACUACGAAGAGGCGCUCAGGUGUUAUCAGUGUGCAGUGCAAUACUUCCUCCAUGUCGUCAAGUAUGAGACUCAGGGUGAACGGGCGGCGCAGAGCAUCAGGGCCAAGUGUAUGGACUACCUGGACAGAGCCGAGCAGCUGAAGCAAUAUCUGAAGAAGAAGGAGAACAGUCCUCCGGCCAAGCCCGUCAAAGAGUCCCAGUCUGAUGACAAAGGGAAUGAAAACGACGGGGACGGUGCAGAGAAGAAGAAGAUGGAAAGUCAGCUCUCAGGUGCCAUCGUGAUGGAGAAGCCGAACAUUAAGUGGGACGACGUCGCCGGACUUGAGGGAGCUAAAGAAGCCCUAAAAGAAGCCGUGAUCCUGCCCAUCAAGUUCCCUCACCUGUUCACAGGGAAGCGGACUCCUUGGCGUGGGAUCCUUCUGUUCGGCCCUCCAGGAACAGGGAAAUCCUACCUGGCUAAAGCGGUAGCCACAGAAGCCAACAACUCCACCUUCUUCUCCAUCUCCUCCUCCGACCUCGUGUCCAAGUGGUUGGGGGAAAGUGAAAAGUUGGUGAAGAGUCUGUUCACUUUAGCCCGAGAACACAGGCCAUCCAUCAUUUUCAUCGAUGAGAUCGACUCCCUCUGCGGCUCCAGGAGCGAGAACGAGAGCGAAGCUGCACGCAGAAUCAAGACGGAGUUCCUCGUCCAGAUGCAGGGUGUUGGAAAUAAUAAUGAUGGCAUCCUGGUGCUGGGAGCCACAAAUAUACCGUGGACACUGGACUCAGCGAUCAGGAGAAGGUUUGAGAAGAGAAUCUACAUUCCUCUGCCUGAGGAGCACGCCCGCUCCUUCAUGUUCAAACUGCACCUGGGCUCCACCCCGAACGACCUGACGGAGGAGGACUUUGCCAUCCUGGGCAAAAAGACGGAGGGUUACUCCGGAGCUGACGUCAGCAUUAUCGUCCGGGACGCCCUCAUGCAGCCCGUCAGGAAGGUUCAGUCAGCCACUCACUUCAAACAGGUUCGCGGCUCAUCAUGGAACAACCCCAAAGUUGUGGUUGAAGACCUCCUGACUCCGUGUUCGCCAAAUGAUCUCAACGCCGUAGAGAUGACGUGGAUGGACGUUCCUGGGGAGAAACUCCUGGAGCCGAUCGUGUGCAUGGCUGACAUGCUGAGGUCGCUGACGAACACCAAGCCGACGGUGAACGAGCAGGACUUGGAGAAGCUGAAGAAGUUCACCGAGGAUUUUGGACAGGAAGGCUAAAAAAAACGAUCACACUCUACUCGUUAACAGGACUGUAACUAACACUGUGGGUUAUGCCUUUUGAUUAAUUGAUUAAUAUUUUGGUCUAUCACAGGUUACUGGAGCUCGAAGCACUUAUUUGUGGGAUUAGCUGUGAAAAAAAGUGAAGCAACAAAACAAGCUUAAGUUUAAAAGUUUGCUGUUCUUACUGGAGAACUGAAUAAAGUGAUUAAUCAACAAUCACAUUCUCAACUGCUGACUGUCGACUAAUCAAUUAAACACUUUUUUU